AUGGCGACGACAAAUACCAACACCGCGGGGAAGAAGAUCAAUGUGCUAGUCUAUUCUGGCGAUGGCACCACCGUCGAAUCCGUCCGCCACUGCCUCUACACCCUCCGCCGCCUCCUCGCCGCCCACUAUGCCGUGAUCCCCGUUACAGCGGAGAUGCUCAUCAAAGAGCCCUGGACGCUUACAUGUGCCUUGCUCGUAAUACCAGGCGGUGCGGAUCUAGGCUAUUGCCGCGCCCUCAAUGGCGCGGGCAAUCGCCGGAUUGAACAGUUCGUUCGCCGCGGAGGAGCCUACAUCGGUUUCUGCGCCGGAGGAUACUACGGGACCAAGCAUUGCGAAUUCGAGGUGGGCGAUAAGACCUUGCAGGUCAUCGGUGACCGCGAGCUCGCAUUCUACCCCGGGACCUGUCGCGGCGGGGCAUUCCGUGGCUUUGUCUACCAUAGCGAGGCCGGUGCGCGGGCUGCGCAACUGACGGUCUCGAAAGAGUCGCUGGACUCUGGCGCUGUUCCGACGAACUUCCGAUCUUACUACAAUGGUGGCGGGGUGUUUGUUGAUGCACCCUCAUACGCGGACAAGGGCAUCGAAGUCCUCGCAAGCUACGCCGAACGUCUCAACGUCAAUCCUGGCUCUGGGGCUGCAGCGGUGGUGUAUUGCCCUGUGGGCAACGGUGCAGCUAUUCUAACUGGGCCGCAUCCCGAGUUCGCGGCCGUCAAUCUCGAUCCUAAGAACGGAGGCCCCGAGUACGCAGAAGCCAUUGAAGCUAUAGCCGCGGACGAUAAAGCCCGAACCGACUUUCUGAAAGCAUGUCUGUUGAAAUUGGGAUUGCAGGUUGCGCAAGAUACAACGCAUGUGCCCUCCCUAUCGUCUUUGCAUUUCUCAUCGUCUUCUGGUGAUGCAGAACGGGUGCUAAAAUCGCUUGAACAACUAGUCGGCGACGGGGAAUACCUGAAAGACGAGUACGACACCUUUAAGAUUGAAAAGUCCGGUGUAUACAGUAUGGGAUCCCUCGCGGAGUCUCUCCCCGCAGAAACCAAAGAGUCCGCAUCUGAGACCACUGAAAGUGAAGGAAUCGUGGAUUAUCAAUCAAUUAUAAAACGUUUGGUUGUUCAUGAUGAUGUCCCGUCAUCAAAAAUGACGCCCUAUUUCAACCAUCAUGCAUUCUACACCCAUCUUCGAGAUUACCAGGCGAAAUCAAAGGAAGGCGCUUCGCUCUUUGGCUCAAACCUCUUGUACGGCGAGGUCUUGACCAGUACCAACACAGUUCUCGAAAAAAAUGGUAAGCUCCUGCGCAAUCUUCCCGCCGGUACGACUGCAACCGCUACUACCCAAGUAGCCGGGCGAGGUCGAGGCUCCAACGUUUGGGUGUCUCCGGCCGGGUCUCUCAUGUUCUCCACCGUUGUACGCCACCCAAUGGAGAAGAUGCAGUCCGCUCCAGUCGUGCUCAUCCAAUACCUCGCGGCGCUGGCAGUGGUACAGGGUGUGCAGAGCUACGACGAGGGUUACAAAUCCAUACCCAUCAAGGUGAAAUGGCCGAAUGACGUCUAUGCCCUGGACCCCGAACAACCUGAACACAAGAAGCAGUAUACCAAGAUCUGUGGCAUCCUAGUAAACUCGCAAUAUUCAUCGAACGAAUACACGUCCGUCGUCGGUAUUGGCAUCAACACCACAAACGCCCUUCCCACAACAUCUAUAGCGGCGCUGGCUGCCCGCUUUGUAGGCCGCAAGGCCGCCCCAGUUACUCUAGAGAAACUCCUAGCUCGUAUCCUCACCGUCUUCGAAGACCUGCAUAUCCGAUUCUUACGGACAGGUUUUGACCGCAGCUUCGAGGAGAUGUACUACGAUGCAUGGCUCCAUACGAAUCAGAUCGUUGCGCUCGAGGCAGAGGGAGGGGUGCGUGCAAAGAUUAAGGGUGUGACUCGUGACUAUGGGCUGCUACUUGCUGAGGAACUUAGCUGGGAUGAUCGACCUACAGGGCGGGUGUGGCAGUUGCAAAGCGAUAGCAACAGCUUUGAUUUCAUGCGGGGGCUUGUGAAGAGGAAGGUUAACUAA